AUGUCAUCAAGUCCGAAAUUCGACCCCUUUAACAUCAUCUCGACAACCUACAAGACAGUCUCCCAGCAUGAUAUCGCCGUCAAUGUCCUAGUACCCAAGAAAAUAACAUCUGCGGGCAAAUAUCCUGUCAUUAUUCGCUUCCAUGGAGGCGGUUUUGUAUCAGGAUCAAGUCUGUUUCCAGACUGGUUUCCGAAAUGGCAGGCUGAAUUGGCCCUGCAGCAUAAUGCUAUCAUUGUGCUUCCCAAUUAUCGUCUCCUUCCGGACUCCACCGGCAUGGAUAUCAUGGAAGACAUCGAUCAUCUAUGGGCCUGGGUCACGUCCAAAUUGGCAGACACUUUGCGUGAUCAUUUCUCUGGCAUUGAGCCCGAUUUGUCUAGAAUAAUGACUGCAGGUGAAAGUGCAGGCGGCUACCUAAGCGUGCAACUUUCUCUCAACCACCCCGACGCCAUCAAGUCCUGUAUUUCCGAAUUCCCCUGCAUCGACCUGAAAUCCGCACCAUUCACAGCGCAACAUUCCAACCCACGAGCGCCCCCUUCUUUAGUCCAAGAUUAUCUUGCAAACAAAGAAGAUAAGAACUCUAUUCUGUCGUCUGAUAUCACCAUCUCUCGCUUCCCGUUCGCGUUUUCAAUGAUGGACAAUUCACGGUUCUUGGAGUUCUUCGGGACCGACGAGAGAUUGUUCCCCUUCGAGAGGGUAUCUCGUGGGGCGAAGAUCCCGCCGUUGUUUCUCAUUCAUGGGCUGGAUGAUGAUAUCGUCCCGGUUCAGGGAAGUCGGGAUUUCACGGCAUUGCUGCAGGAAAAGCAGCCUUCUGCUAAAGUGCAUCUGUCUACACCCCCUGGUGGUCAUGGAAUGCAUGAACCGUGGAGUCAGAAUCAUGAUGCGAUGAAAGAAGGGUUGGAGUUGGUUACUCGCGCUUGGCUGGGGUAG